AUGGUCUGGUUUCAGAAGAUGGGUUCGCUCAUCUACUCCAAGCUCGCCAACAGACGGUUCGCAUUCGCUCUCACGACACUAGCUGUAUGCGCCGCAAAGGGCGUCCAUCUCCACAACCACCGAUCCAGCGUCGCCCCCAAGCGCAUGCUCCUCUUCUUCUUCUCCUUCUUCACCCAAGACAUUCUUCUCCUCCUCCUCAUCCGCCUUCUUCUCAGCCACUGGGUCCCCAGCUUCCCCGGCAAGCUACGAACACUCAUCACAGCGCUUGCAUUCUUGUUAAUAUUUUAUAAUGUCGCCCUCUGCAUUGUUUCCGUCUCUUUCUACAUCGUCGCUGGAUCUGAGAUCCACUGGCGCAACAUUGGCUUCAUAGCUGACCCGUCGGCGCGGGCGAUUAUCUUCUCGGGGUUUACUGCAUUCAUGGGCGUUUUGUGUCUUUGUGCUUGUUUCAGUGGCGUUCUUCAAACGGCGUGCUAUGCGCUUUUUGGGUGGGGAGGUGAUAUUGUUAAUUGGCCGAUCAACCUUCUUGCGCGGAAACUUUGUUGCUGUUGUUUUGGGAGGAGGAACGCUUAUGAUCAGUUAUCGCAGAGGGAUAACGCGCAGUGGAUUGACAGCGAGAGCGGUUCGAGUCAUGAUGAGUACUCUGAGGAUGAGUACAAGGAAAGGGCAAGAUCGUCAUCGAAGACACCGCGACAUUCGGCCCGAGCGCUCAAAGGCGAUUUACCAGCCCGAGGAUCCAGAUGCACCCGAUUUCUGCGCAUAUUACCGUAUCCUGUCGUCAGCAUCCUUCUCACAGCGCUCUUCACACUCACAUUUCUACGACCCAAGGAUCCGUCUCUAAUCUUCCUCUCGUGGACCAGCGGCCUUUUACCCUUUGUCGAUUUCGCUUCAACGUCGCCCUUCCUCGAUGAUCUUCCCUCUGUUUACGGUCAAGGCAUGCAACGAAGCUGGGACGAGCGCACUGCUCUUGCUCAGCCUCCGUCUUUGAGCUGGCUCCCGAAGGAUGCAUUGCCAAGAGGCUUUGAGGACUGGUACGACGAGAAGCUUCACUACAAUUCUGAAUCCGAUCCAUUGAAGAUUUCCAACCUGAAUGAACCUCUCCGAGAAUCCCUUCGUGGCAAGUUAAAGGACAUCAACAUUCGUCACGUGGUGAUGUUCUUUCUGGAGAGCACGAGAAAUGACGUUUUUCCCAUCAAGAAGGACGGAUUGAUCUGGAAUCGAUUCGCCGACACAUUUCCCGACAAGAAGCUCCCGCAAGAAGUGCAAGACAAGCUGGCCAGUCUGACACCGACAGCGAAUUUUAUCACUGGAGACUACGAGGAUGGAUUUGAGCAUGCGGAAAAGCCGAAACGUGGUGGAAUUCACUUUACGAAUGCGCAUACAGCUGGGACGUAUACACUCAAGAGCAUGACCGGCACAGUCUGCGGUAUCGCUCCUCUGGUCGGCGACUUCAACCUCGAGCACAGUCACCACAUUUAUCAGCCCUGCCUACCGCACAUUUUCGAGGCCAUGAACCAAGCGGAGGCACUGAGCGAAAACACCAAGUCCAAGCGCGAUGGACACUCAGGCACGAAAUUGAAGUGGAACGACAACAUGAACAAGGAGGACAAGUGGAACUCUUACUACUUCCAAGCUGCGACUCUCGAUUACGACAAUCAGUACAAUCUCAUGUCUGCGAUGGGAUUUCCGAUGAAGAACACGAUUGGGAGGGAGUAUCUGCGAAGCGAUGGUGCGAAGCAUGGACCCGUCACGCUACCGAACAUCAACGAGUUUGCAUUCGAGGAGGAUCCGUUAGAGGAUUAUAUCACCGACAUUUUCGAAGACGCGGCCAAGGCCAAGAGUCGUGUGUUUUUGACUCAUUUGACGAGCACGAGCCAUCAUCGAUUCCACAUGCCUAAGACGGAAAAGUACACGCCUCUGGCAAAGGGUCUAGACAUGAUGUCCCGCUACGUCAACACAAUAGGCUACGACGAUCGCUGGAUCCGUAAAGUCCUCGACGUCCUAGACAAGCAGGGCAUUGCGAACGAGACAUUGGUUAUUUUCCAGGGCGAUCACGGUACUUCACUUCCAGAAAACGACUACGCUUCACCGUAUUACAACCCCAACAUCGGCGUCGAUCACGUCCCCUUGAUUUUAUCGCAUCCUCAAUUACCGCCAUUUAACGUAGACGACGCAGUCCACUCGACACAAGUCCUCCCCACCAUUCUCGACAUCCUUCUCGAAACCAAUUCUCUCAGCCCCAGCAGCCACGCCGCAGCAUCAUCCCUCAUCACCAACUACGAAGGCCAAUCGCUCCUCCGACCAUUACGCACACAAACCAGCGAUAACAGCACGGGCCAGUGGCAAUUUACCGUGACGAACCCCGGGCGAGCUAUGCUUACGGUUCGCGACGCGAGGUUCCCGGACAGACAUCUCGUGGUGCCGGUGAUAGAGAACGUGGAUUGGAGAUUAUCGGAUCUGGGGAAGGAUCCGCAUGAGCAUGAUUCAGUGCAGGCGUUGGACUUCACCGAGUUUGUCAAGAGUGUGGAGGGGAAGUUUGGGAGGGAUGUUGCGGAGUGGGCGGAGGAGGGAGCGUUUGUUACGAGGUGGUUUGUUAAGGAGAAUAGCAGGCGUUGGCGUUUUGAUCACCAGGGGUGA